CAGCCAAACCUUUGUAAAAGCAUCCAACACAUCUGCAUCCUUCCUUCUUGUCUCCUUCUUUCCUCCUAUCCUUGGGUGUCAUACCACCAUGGAUCGCUCAGUCCAGGAGCUGUUUAUCAACUUCACGAUCGUCUUAAUCACUGUGCUGCUGAUGUGGCUGCUGGUGAAAACUUACCAAGGCUAAAUUAUGGAGCAAGAAGAGAGGAGAUGACCGAGGUGCCAGAGGAGUCGGAGCGAUAUGAGGAAAACCAGCAUGGCUACUGUAGGACUUUGCUGCUAAGUGAUUCAUGUUCAGACAGUGUUUACAUCUUAUCAUUCUUUUAAUCUGGUCAGGUCCAGAGCUGCAGCUUUCAUUAGAGUCCUAUAACCAUGUGCUCGUUACAGAUGGGGCAGAUUAUCAAUGACAAUUUCAAAGUCAACUGAUCAGUGUAUUUAUUCUCAAACGUUUUUGAAUGUGACUUUGAAUUUCUGAACAAGGCCAGAGGAGGAGUUACAGAAAACAUGCGGGUGAUUACAAAUAAAAGAACAGGGGCUUGCUGCUCUAUUUUUAAAGGGAUGUAAUCCCUCUAACAGUGGUGUACAUGCAUGUCACUGUGCCAUUGAUGUGCCCUUUGAAACAUAAAACCAUGCUCUUGUGUCUAUUGUUCUGUUUUUACUCGCGAUGAUGAAUGUAUCGCAUGCAGACACUGUAUCUACUCAAAAAAAAA